GCCUGGUUUGAAAGGAGAGGGUUGAUUAUCGGUUUCUGAGAGAUUCGACGAAGGUUCUUAGGUUCCUGUUGGUUUACGAAAACGAAAAAGGGACAUGAAAAACAGACAAGGUAGACUUUCAACUUGCAACAAAACGUUUACUGGUUUCACUCAGAGUUUCACCGCUUCACUUCGCCUCCCAAAACUUGACAAGAGCUUUGCUUUUUUUUGUUAAAUCAAAAGUUGUUCUGUGUUCCGGAUAUCUGUCUUGGUUUUGCUGCUGCGAGGAGAUGAGUCAGCCUUCGGAGCCAGAGCAGAGCCAGCAGAGCAAGGAGCAGAGCGACGAAAGCAAAACAAGCGGCGGCGCUGCGGCGCGUCGGGUCCAGUCGGGUCUGCGACCAACGGGUCUACCCAACGCCGACAGUGCCGGCCCGUCGUAGAACAUUUGAGCUCCGGCAAGUGUCGAAAUGCUGUUCCGAAAUGCUAUUCUCUGAAGAAAAAGACAGGCCUUACAAGUAUGUAGGACGUUCGUGAAGUUUUUCGGACUCCUUUACGCGAUGUCAUCUGAAGAGACUGCUUCGCGUGCCUCUCGCAAAGAAGACGACGACGUGAAAGACAUGACCGGAGACGACAUCGCUCUUCAGGUGCUUUCUCCGGUCAAGUCGUCGGCUGUCCUCAAGCACCCCUUGUGUGAACCGGCCAUACGCUACUUGGAGCUGAGCAGUAACACAAACCUCAACAAACCGCCUUCCAACUGGCUCAGAGGCGAUAUCAGCUGGCACGGGCUUCGAGCACAAUGGACAUAUCCACAGAGCAGCUCUACCAUAUUUUCCAGUUUCCACAUGGCCAACAAUUUCACAGAAUACAUUGGGGAGGUUGAUGUCAUAUCUGACGCAGAGAAUAUUAAGAAGCUGUUGAAAAUGCCUUAUAGUAAUUCACAUAUUAGCAUGAUGGUACACAGAGUUGGAAAGACUCUUCUUUUGGACGAGUUUGAUGUUCAUCGGCAUCUCCUCCGAGAAUCUCAGAAGCAAUGGGAGUGGUUGCGAAAUUUCUUUUAUGACACUGUUCUCGCGUCCCUCCAAGAGAAGGAAAAAGUGGCACUGCGUAAGAAUAAGCGUCGGGACAUCCUACAGAACAAGAACAUGUUCUCCAAGUUCCUGUAUUACAGCUUGGAACAAGAACCGAGUGCCGUGCAGAAGCUUGACAUUGCUCCCGAAGGCUCCGAAGCAAGUCACGAAGGGAACGGCACUGACGGAAACAGUGCACCACGGGACGAAAACCGGACUGUAAUGCUUCCCGAAGGGCAGGAUGCAGUUGAAAAUGCCGCACUGGAUGGAAGCAGCGAGCAUCUGCGCAAUCUCCUGUGGACCUUCGAAGACAUCCGCAUGCUCAUUGGCUCCAACAUGCCCAUCUUUGGAGGUGGCACUCGACCGGCGGUCAGCUUAAAAUUAAGGGACAUGCAAAAGCCAAUCAACAUCCUCACUGGCUUGGAUUACUGGCUGGACAAUCUGAUGUGUAAUGUGCCUGAGGUGGUCAUGUGCUACCACUUGAACGGUAUCGUCCAGAAAUACGAAUUGCUGAAGACUGAGGAAAUCCCUCACUUGAAAGACUCACACUUUUCACCGAGAGUCGUCAAAGAUAUUGCGCAGAACAUACUCUCGUUCCUGAAGGUGAAUGCCGCAAAAAGUGGACACACCUACUGGCUUUUCAAAGGGAAGAAUGAUGACGUGGUGAAGCUAUACGACCUGACUGUACUCUGCUCAGAACUGGUGGAUGACAAGCAGCAAAACCCGUUUACACUGCCCGUGGCUGUGCUUCUCUUUCGAGUGGCUGCCAACAUGAAAGAGAGCCCGGACUGCAAACACAAGCAGGGCACCAUUUACCGCCUGCUCAAGAACUCUCUACAACUUCUGGACUCAAGCAAACACCCACAUAUUGUGUCGUCGGUCCACUCACUGCUGUCGGACCUCUUUGUACCGAGCGACUUGGACCCCGGCUCAGUUCGGGCCGAGAGCCCCGAGAACAGCGAGCACAGCGACGAGGGCCCCUGGCAGGACUCGGAGGAAGAGGAGGCCUCCAAGAACUUGGAGAACCCGUCAGUCUCGGUGGGAGCCCUGUGCGUGGCAGAGCGGAUCCGGUCGGAAGGGCGCAGCGACGCCGAAAAGGCAGUGCUGCCCUACCGCACCAACUGGGAGGAGCGGUGUCGGCUUGCCCUCUUGCACGUGCUCCAGGGGAUGGCACUCAUCCUGUCAGAUGAACGAGACAGGCCCGAAGGUGGAACUUUUGCUCAAGACAAGCCAGCCUCUGAGAAGUUGGAGGCGGAGCCGGAGAAUGUGAACAUUGCGGAGCCGUACGUGCCCAUUCCUCUUCGAUACUUUCCCCUUGGAGCCGAGGCGCCUCCCCUGCAAGACGAGGUGGCCAAGGAGGAAGCACCCCCACCCGAGCUCCUCAACAGUCGGAUCGAAGUGGCCAAGUCUUUGACCAAUCUGAGGGAUCCUUCGUGGCAAGACCACUGCCUGCAGUUCUUGCUGCAAAAGGCUGCGAGGACUUACUGCACCAUGGCCGAGAUUGCGUGCUGUGCGAACCGCUAUGGUCGCGCCCUCCGCUGGAUUCGCUACGGCCUUCACUGCCACGAGCAGCUACGGUUUUUGGUUGCCAAGGUUGGGAAGGAAUGCCCUUUGGAGUCCCUGGUGUAUCUACUGGGACUGGCGGGGGACGUCUAUCUGAUGCUGGUGCACGGAGACAGUGGCUUCAGCCGGGAAGUUCACAGGGAGGACUUUGAGCUUCCCAGCAAGCACGACCAGCAACUGCUGGCAUUCCUGGAGAAGAUCUCAGGAUCCCCGAUCAACCUGAAGUACUGCUUGGCUGGAGAAUUCCCACAGGACCUAGAAAGAACGCUGAUUUUAAGUGCACGUUGCUAUGCCAGUGCGCUGAAAAUUCUCUCUAGCGAGAGGCUGAAUGAGUUCCAGCAAUUAACGCGCAGACUGGGCAAUAUCUCCAACGAACUCGGUGUGUUUUACAUGAACCAAGCAGCUAGGAUCUUCAAUGAGCAGGAACAUUCCAGUGAGCAAAUGGAGCAACUGUGGGCAAAGAGUCAGGAGUGCCUUGAGAAAGGAGUGGACGCUUUUGACACCCUGAACGAUGUGGCGAACCUGGCCCUCGUUAAUUCCAACUUGGGGCGCCUCAUGCGCCUGCGUGCCCACGCCGCUUCUGCUAGCCAGAAGGGAAUAGUGCGAGGGGAGUUCACGGCUCAGGAGCGAACCCUCUACAAUAGGGCAAUUUCCUACUACAACAAGGCCUCCAGGGUUCUGGGGGAUAGGAAGUUGUACCCAGAUAUCUGGGACUCUGUUAACUGGGAGCUGUCCUCUGCCCUGUUCACCCUGGGGACGUUGCUUCAGGACUAUGCACCGCUUUCUACGCAUGCCCAGGAGGAGAUUGAAAAAGAGGUUGUGAAGCUCAUGCUAAAGUCGCUUGACUUGUGCAGCUCGGAAACAUCACUGUCGAGGCAGCCACUCUAUCAGUACCGAGCAGCAACCAUCUACCAUCGCUUGGCAUCCCUGCAUCACAAUGCUUACCGGAAUCAGAUGUCCGAAGAAAGCAGACGGAAACAGCAGAAAGCACUGGCCGAGCACUACUAUGAACGAGCACAGUUCUUGUUUGAAAACAUGGAAAAUGUGACAGAGUUUAUGCGUGUACUUCUGGAACACGCUGGGCUACUGGAAUUACAAAUUGCAGGUCUUCAGGGUUUCAACUCGAAGGUCAGUCGGCUGCAGUCGCUCUUGCGGCUGUUCCUUACAUCGCACAAGAUGAUUGGCAGCCUGCGGCCUGAAGCAAAGAAGCUGGAUGCUGUGUCGAUCGGUCAGGCCAGUGAUUCCGAGAACCUCGAUGAGCUGGAGGACAGGAAGGCUCUGCUGAUGCUGCUCGAGAAACGGAUCCAGGCGACGCUGCAGAGCAUACUUAAGCUGCACCACAGUUCUGUCAAACACAGAAACGAAGGUGCCACUACAUUGUGGAAGCAGCUCUACUCAGCAUCGUUGCGAAGAAGGCCUGAUGAACCUGUGGAGCUGUUUUUGGACAAGCUGCUGACAGAGAUCAAGGACACCCUGGAUAGGGGGACAUAGCCCAAACCUUGAUCAGUGCUGGCUCUGCGGAACGCCCUAGUUGAAGAACUUUCAUUAGCGAAUGAAAGCCGCAUGCCGGUGUCAUGUAGAGAGAAAAGAUUUUUGCUUCACAAUUGCUAGGUUGUAUCAAUAACUCAAAAUGUAUUAUUCUCUUAUGGUGAUGUGUGUUUAUCUCUUAAUUUUCGUUUGAUUUGAGCAGUCCCUAGGGAACAAAAUGCUAUCAUGCAAGUUUGGAGCAACGCAUAGCUACUGCCUAAAGUUAGCUGUUCGGUGGUAUGUUGAGGAUUGCUCUAUUUGUCCCUCUUGCGGUCAUAAUUCACCUUUGGUUCGUAGUAAACACAUGAUUGAGUUUGCUUUGUAGCAAGCAGCGUAACAUUUCAAAUGGGUUGUUGUGGUCAUGCAAACACAAUUAGUCGGGUGAUUUUGUACCUGUCAAUUAACUCUGGAUAUUUUUUUCAUCUACUGAGGAACUUCAGGAAAAGGCAUAACUGCCUCUACAACAUUUUCUUUUGCACCAAUUUUAUGUUUUGAGAACUGUUCAGCGUCAACAUUUUUUGUUGUUUCCAUUUUCUAUCUAUAUUAGCUGUGGGGUAGGACACGGAGUUGAAGAAAUUUAAUGCUUUAAAUUUUGCUUCGUAUGCCAAAAGUUGUAUAUAGAUGUGCUUGUGAAGCAUGAGGCAUGUCUUGUGGGCUUGCUUCUGUAGAUUAUUUAUUUACCUUUGUUAUACUAUAUUUGAUUUUUGAAAGAUUAAUAAACCGGAAAGGACUGACAUACA